AUGGCUCGCCGGCUCGCAGACUUCAGCAACGAAGGAGAGGGGAUAGUGUGGAAUGCUUCGCUCCUGCUGCUCAACUACUUCAGGUCAGAGGACGGAGGCGCCGAGCUCUUGCUGAUUACAAGGUGGGAUGGUAGGACAAAUAUGAAGGAGGAGAUCAAAGGAAAACGCAUCCUUGAGCUAGGGGCUGGGGUGGGGCACCUGGCAUGGGGGCUGUACGAGAUGGGGGCGCAGGUAACGGCAACCAACACCUCCCUGGGGGAUCUCGACGUGCUGGGAGCAAACAUCAAGCAGUGGAAGGAAGAGGAGGAGCGAGGGGUCAAGACAGGAGGGAGGGAGUACAUCGUCAAGUGCAUCGGAGGCUCCAUGGAGGAGAGGAAGGUGGAGGGAGGAUCGAUCUCAGUGGAGGAGCUGACGUGGGGAGAGCAGUACUGGGACCAGUCUCCGCUGUCAAGAGCGGGAGAUGUGAAGUUUGACAUUGUGAUCUUAGCGGAAGUGUUCAGUAUCCCUGAAGUGAUCGUCUACUCCAUCUUCAUGAACAGACCCUUCUCCUUCAUGUUCCUGGCCCAUCUCGCCGAUGCUGGAGGUUUCCGCGUUCAUCAGUACAAGGAGACGGAGUUUGACAAGUGCGGGAUGGAUGAUGACGAGCUGCAUAUCAUGAUGCAUCGGUACACGUAUGAUCCAGAGUGA